AGGACAGGACCUUUGACGAUAAAAAGAACAAAAUUUGGUGAUUGAAAACUAAAUGAUAAAAAUGCUUUGGAGGGAGAGAGAAAGAGAGAGAGAAAAAAAAAUAGAGAGAGAGGCAGAUAAAGAGAGACAGAUAGAGAUCUAAACAACAACAAAAAAGAAAGAGACAACCUCUCUCUGACAGGACAGAUUUGCAUUUGACGCCUCUGCUUCGUAUUCACCACACUGCAGUGUCUGGCAAUUAUUGAGCCAGCCAGCCGAGCUAAGUGUGGAGAUCGAGUGAGGACACAUCAAUACUCUGGAUUGCGUCGGUUGUGUCCUUGCAGUUCCAAUAACCUUUUUUCAAUAGCAGACUCUUCUUGAAGCGCUUGGCGAAGGCAUCAGCAGGAAGUCUCCACAUCUCCACUGAUUUCACUGGCUCCCCACACAGACUCUGUGGGUCCUGUUGGGUCACUGUGUAUUGCUGUGUUCGCUUUCGUCAUUCUGUUCACUGAUUUAUCACCUUGCAGUGGUGGUUUAAAUUGUUCACGGUGGUGCCAUCUCUCUCUCUCAGUCUCUCUCUCUUUCGCUUGACGAGCUGAGGAUCGUUUUCACUUGGUCAUCAUCAUGCUGGACUCAACGAUGUUCCUGAACACCCUGACUCCCAAAUUCUAUGUUGCCCUGACAGGCACAUCGUCUCUCAUAUCCGGUCUUAUUUUAAUUUUUGAGUGGUGGUAUUUUAAAAAGUAUGGCACCUCGUUCAUCGAGCAGGUGUCCUUGAACCACAUAUCACCCCUGUUGGGUGGAGGAGAAGGUGGAACCGAGCCGAUUACCUCCUCUGGAACAUCCAACUCCACCCAGCAGCAGACUUUACCUGAGUGUAAAGUAUGGCGGAAUCCGCUAAAUCUGUUCCGAGGCUCGGAGUAUCAGAGAUUCAUAUGGGCCACCAGCAAAGACCCUCUCACAUACUACGAUAUGAAUCUGUCUGCCCAAGAUCACCAGACGUUUUUUACAUGUGAGGCUGAUAAUGGCAAACCAGAAUAUGAAAUAAUGCAGAUGGCAUGGAGAGAAAGAAAUCCUCAGUCAAGAAUAAAAUCUGCACACGAAGCACUGGAGAAGACACCUGAAUGUGCAACAGCCCUGCUUCUUUUGGCUGAGGAAGAGUGUCAGACCAUUGUUGAGGCAGAGAAAAUGUUCAAGCAAGCGUUUAAGGUAGCUGAAGGAAACUAUCGCAAGUCACAGCAGACGCAGCAUCAGAAUUCAGCCCAAGAGGCACUGCAUCGUCGUGAUACCAAUGUGCUUGUGUUAAUAAAGAGGCGACUAGCAAUGUGUGCAAGAAAGCUUGGCCGUACUAGAGAAGCCGUCAAGAUGAUGAGAGAUCUUAUGAAAGAGUUUCCUUCGAUGAAUUUCAACAUUCAUGAAAACUUGAUAGAGGCAUUAUUAGAACUGCAGGCAUACGCUGAUGUGCAUGCAGUGUUGUCACGCUACGAUGACAUCAGUUUACCCAAAUCGGCCACUAUAUGCUAUACAGCAGCCCUUUUGAAAGCAAGAGCUGUUGCAGACAAAUUUUCACCUGACACAGCGUCAAAGCGUGGAUUGAGUACAGCUGAGAUGACGGCAGUGGAAGCUAUUCAUCGUGCAGUUGAAUUUAAUCCACAUGUACCUAAGUACCUGUUAGAGAUGAAGAGUCUUGUUUUACCUCCAGAGCACAUCCUCAAGAGAGGUGACAGUGAGGCUCUUGCAUAUGCAUUUUUUCACCUCCAGCAUUGGAAGAGGGUCGAAGGAGCACUUAACCUCUUGCACUGCACAUGGGAAGGAACCUUCAGAAUGAUCCCAUACCCACUAGAAAAGGGUCAUCUUUUUUAUCCUUACCCAACCUGCACAGAGAAUGCAGACAGAGAACUUUUGCCAUCUUUCCACGAAGUUUCUGUUUACCCCAAGAAGGAGCUUCCUUUCUUCAUUCUGUUUACUGCUGGUCUGUGUUCUUUUACUGCCCUGCUGGCCCUGCUCACACACCAGUACCCAGAACCCAUGGGGGUGGUGGUCCGAACUAUGCUGGGUUGGAUGUACAUGCCUCUGAGCUACAUACUGGAGAAGCUGGAAGCCAUCUUGCCGUCAAACCUUCUCCAUCAACUGUCCCGGAUUUAGCAGAGCCUCCACACUUCGGCUUCAUGGCUGCACGGCGCCGUGAUGCGCCAUCUAACACAGACACAAAUACUCCAAUGUGCUUCAACUUGUCCAAUAUCGCUGAUGGUUGCAUUGUUAUUUUGUUAUGAUUUUAGUGUACUUUUCAGUAGUUGUUAAGUAUGAUGUACAUCACUUGACGGAAAUAUUUUUGCUUAAUCAUUUCCAGACUUCCAAGACAAUUGCUGUUGAAUGGAUACUGAUUAUUAUUGAGUUGUUUUUCUUUUUCUUUCUUUCCUUUUUUUUUUUUUUUUCUUUUUUUAAUUUUAUUUUAAUUUAUUUUUAUAAAUUUUUUGUUGUCCUGUCAUGGAACAUGGCACCUAAGGUUGUAUGAUAUCAACACUGACAGGUGUGGAGAGAUGUACUGAUUAUACUUUGAUACAAAAAAUCUCAUAAGACUAAGUGUACCUGAUUAUGAUUAAACAUUUGUAUCUUUUUGGCCAACUCCACAAACCAUACUUUGGCUGUAUGCCAUUUUGAGAUGUGAAAAUUUCUGCUUUUGUGAAAAUUGAAAUCUGGUUUCCAAGACUAAUUUUGACCAUAUCCAGUUACAUUCAUUAACUUCAAACAAUUAUCAUAGUGUCUAUAUUUGUUUGGGUUUUUGUUUGGGUUUUUUAAUAAGACUGUACAUAAAGUGAAUACAUUUCACUAAUACUAUAUUGUAUGUGCAGAGUAUUCACUAUGUGUCAUGUUCAGAUGAUGCAGAAUCCACAAUAGGUUAAGAUGUUACACCAAAAUACUACACUGAAAUGGAAAAAAUCGUAACAUCAUUUAUUGCAUUCAAAGUUACAUUUCUUUAUAAAACAUGGAUGUAAUUUCUCCCCCCCACUCCCCCCCCCAAAAAAAAUAAAAAAAAAAUAAAAAGUUUUCAUUAGAUAGAUUGGAUUUGAUCUGAAGUGCCAACAGUUACUUUCAUUUCAGUAUUGUUUAGAGUUAUAAGCUGUGUAAAUAUCUUUUCAGUUCUCAUUUUGAAAUGAAUAUCACAUCUGUGACAAGAAGGAAGGAAGGAAAUGUUUUAUUUAACAAUGCACUCAACACAUUUUAUUUACGGUCAUGUGGCGUCGGACAUAUAGUUAAGGACCAAACAGUGUAUUGAGAGAGGAAACCUGCUG